AUGGGGCUGGAGGGGAGCGCGGCGGGCGGUCAUCGGCCCCUGGCCUCGCCCCGCGUGGAGGUUGCCCUGGAGGCUCCAGAAGUUGGCCCCUGGGAUCAAAUCAGCAGGGCGUUCGCACCAGCCCCACCUGUGCCUGGGCUGUGGUUCUUCCCCAGGGGCCAGCUUCUCACCAUGCCCCGCUUAAUUCUGCUGCUGGCCAGUGGAGCGGCCGCCUGCCCACUGCCCUGUGUCUGCCAGAACCUGUCCGAAUCACUCAGCACCCUCUGUGCCCACCGAGGCCUGCUGUUCGUGCCACCCAACGUGGACCGCCGCACCGUGGAGCUGCGGCUGGCUGACAACUUCAUCCAGGCCUUGGGGCCACCGGACUUCCGGAACAUGACAGGGCUGGUGGACCUGACGCUUUCCCGGAAUGCCAUCACCCGCAUUGGGGCCCGCGCUUUUGGGGACCUGGAGAGCCUACGUUCCCUGCAUCUGGACGGGAACAGGUUGGUUGAGCUGGGCACCGGCAGCCUGCGGGGCCCCGUCAACCUGCAGCACCUCAUCCUCAGUGGCAACCAGCUGGGCCGAAUCUCGCCCGGGGCCUUCGACGACUUCCUGGACAGCCUGGAGGACCUCGACUUGUCCUACAACAACCUGCGGCAGGUGCCCUGGGCCGGCAUCGGUGCCAUGCCUGCCCUGCACACGCUCAACCUGGACCACAACCUCAUCGACGCACUGCCCCCGGGCGCCUUCGCCCAGCUCAGCCAGCUCUCCCGUCUCGACCUCACCUCCAACCGCCUGGCCACGCUGGCACCAGACCCGCUCUUUUCCCGGGGGCGCGACGCGGAGGCCUCACCUGCCCCCCUGGUGCUGAGCUUCAGCGGGAACCCCCUGCACUGCAACUGCGAGCUGCUGUGGCUGCGGAGGCUGGCCCGGCCCGACGACCUGGAGACGUGCGCCUCCCCUCCAGGCCUGGCCGGCCGCUACUUCUGGGCAGUGCCCGAGGGGGAGUUCUCCUGCGAGCCGCCCCUCAUCGCCCGCCACACGCAGCGCCUCUGGGUGCUGGAGGGCCAGCGGGCCACUCUGAGAUGCCGGGCCCUCGGUGACCCUGCGCCCACCAUGCACUGGGUCGGCCCUGAUGACCGCCUGGUUGGCAACUCCUCCCGAGCCCGGGCUUUCCCCAACGGGACCCUGGAGAUCGGGGUGACGGGCUCUGGGGACGCAGGGGGCUACACCUGCAUUGCUACCAACCCUGCCGGGGAGGCCACAGCCCGUGUGGAGCUACGGGUGCUGGCCUUGCCCCACGGCGGGAAUGGCAGCGCUGAGGGGGGCCGCCCAGGGCCCUCGGACAUUGCCGCCUCGGCCCGCACUGCUGCCGAGGGCGAGGGGACACUGGAGUCUGAGCCAGCUGUGCAGGUGACAGAGGUGACUGCAACCUCAGGGCUGGUGAGCUGGGGGCCAGGGCGGCCAGCCGACCCUGUGUGGAUGUUCCAAAUCCAGUAUAACAGCAGUGAAGAUGAGACCCUCAUCUACCGGUGA